AUACAGUUUGAUACUGUUUCCGCAGUUUAGUCUACACCGAGAUCUAGGCAAUAGCGCGCGUAUGCAAGUCUCUCGCGGUUCAUCAUGUACAACAGUAACGCGAAACCACAUACUGCCAACUGGAAGCCGGCAGGACGCGAUGCAAAAGUUUACGACAAUAUUCUACAUGUAAUCGGAAAUACUCCUCUAGUUAGGCUUAAUCGGUUACCGAAGGAUCAUGGACUUGAAUGCGAAUUUUACGCAAAAUGCGAGUUCCUGAAUCCCGGAGGGUCCAUCAAGGACCGCAUGUCUUACACUAUGGUGGUGGACGCGGAGAACACGGGCAGGGCCCGAGAGGGCACGCGCUUCGUCGAACCUACUUCUGGGAACACCGGUAUUGGCAUCUCUAUGACUGCAGCAGUCAAAGGCUACAAAGCGAUCAUCGUGACCCCGGACAAGAACUCGGAUGAGAAGCUGAGCGCGAUGCGGCUUCUGGGAGCCGAAAUCGUGCAAACACCGGCGGUGGCCAAGAAAGGGGAGCCCGACCACUUCAUGUCUGUCGCCCAGCGGCUGGUCAAUGAGGACCCCGAACAUAACAUCAGUUUAGAUCAGUAUUCAAACGCGGUGAACCCCAUCACGCACAUGGAGCAUACGGGUCGGGAGAUCAUCGACGGCCUGGGCCCCAUAGACAUGGCAGUGAUGGGAGCGGGCACAGGCGGCACUGUUACUGGCGUGGCGCAUCUGCUGAAGCGCGCCUGCCCCAACUGCGUGGUGGUGGCUGUGGAUCCUAGAGGUUCCAUCAUGUGGGGGGACGAGCUGGUGCCCUUCUUUGUGGAAGGCAUUGGUGGAGAUUUCCUUCCGGAUGUCCUGGACAAACGUCACGUUGACCGCGUGGAGGCCCCCACCGACCACGAAGCCUUUAACAUGGCCCGAGAAAUUAUUCGAAAGGAGGGCCUGCUAUGCGGUGGCAGUAGUGGUGCAACCAUGUUCGCAGCGCUGAAGGCUGCCAAAGAGCUAAAAUUGGGUGCGGGCAAGAAAGUGGUGGUCGUCCUGGCGGACGGCAUCCGCAACUACAUGACCAAGUUCGUCAGCGACCAGUGGAUGGAGGCGUACUUGUUCAAAGAGCCACCGCUUCACCCCAACAUUGAAUGGUGGAAUCACCCCCUCCGUAAUUUAAACGUGGAUACGUCGGUUCCUCACUUCAAGCUCAAUGCGUCGGUUAGAGAUGUCAUAGCUGCAAUGGGCUCCUUGCACAGUGUUGCGAUCAUUACUGAAGAAAAUGGACUUUUCAAGGGAGCUACCUCCAAAAACCAGUUGCGUUUCUCAGCCACCAACCCCAAAAAGGACGGGCCCCUCAACCUGCAGGACCCGGUCGGCAAGCACUUGAUACAGAACUGCUUAAAGGUGAUAGAGAACAAGGGACACCCGACUGUUGGGCUCGUCUCCCGGGUUUUGGACAUUGCGCCGUUUGUCGUGGUCGUUGAGAAGAUACCUAAUCCUGAUAGCCAGAUUAAAGAAAUCUUCAAGGCAAAAGGAAUAAUCACUUCGGAAAUGGUCUGGGCGUACAUAUUGAAGCACGAAAACCAUCAGUUACAAGGCAACCAUUGUUACACCGGACAAGAACGCAGGCGAAAAAAUGAGUACAUUGAGACUGCUGGAGGCCGAUAUCGUGCAAACCCCCACCUCUGCCAACCUGGGGAGCCCGACCACUUCAUAACAGUUGCUCGAGAAAUACUUCAACAAGAUCCGAACAGCAUCUGUUUAGAUCAGUUUUCAAACCCUGUGAACCCCAUGACACACGAGGAGCAGACGGGCAGCGAGAUCGUGGCAGCGCUGGGAACCGUUGAUAUGGCGGUGAUGGGCACCGGCACGGGUGGCACGGUCACGGGCAUAGCUCGGGCGCUUAAACAAGCUUGCUCGGACUGCGUCAUUGUGGCCGUGGAAGCAGUAGGCUCGAUUAUAUGGGGAAGUGAACUGGCGCCGUUUUAUGUAGAAGGAAUUGGAGACGAUUUCGUGCCCCAAGUUUUAGAAAAAGGCGUAAUUGAUAAAGUUGUGCACACGAAUGACUACGACUCCUUUAACAUGGCUAGAGAAAUUAUUCGAAAAGAAGGACUGCUUUGCGGCGGCAGCAGUGGUGCAGCUAUGUUCGCGGCGCUUCAGGCCGCCAAGGAGUUGAAGUUGGGCGCGGGCAAGAAGGUGGUGGUCGUGCUGCCCGACGGAAUCCGCAACUACAUGUCCAAGUUCGUCAGCGACCAGUGGAUGGAGGCGCACCUGUUUAAAGAGCCACCGUUACAGCCCAACAUCAAAUGGUGGGAUCAUCCCCUUGACAGUCUGUCUGUGGAUAUUUCGGUGCCACGCGUGAAGCACAACGCAACGUGUAGAGAUGCUCUCGCUGCUAUGGGCAGCGUGCAUAACGUUGCAAUAGUUGUUGACGAGAACGGGAUUUUCGAAGCAGCAAUAUCCAAAAACCAACUACGACACGCGGCUACCAACCCCAAAAAAGAACAAAAAUUGAAUUUAAAUGAACCGGUGAAAAAGCACGUCAUACACAACUGCUUAAAAGUGGUGGCGAACAAGGGCUGCCCUACUGUCGGACUUGUCUCUCGAAUUUUAGACAUUACCCCGUUCGUUGUUGUAGUUGAAAAGAUACCGAAUUCUGCAAGUAAAAUCAUAGUUAUAGGCAUCACGACCGUCAUCAUUAGCUCAGUGGGCAGAAAAAUGUCGAACCACGUGGCGCCGCAGAAUGGUCAAGCAAAUGGCACACCAACAUUUUUUAACCUCAAGGAAUUGCCGCACAUCGUUAAAGUACUGGACAGAAAUCAAAAAUUCCAUCCCGACAUUCUACACGCAAUCGGUAACACUCCGCUGGUGAAGUUGACGAGAAUACCGAAAUCUGAAGGCAUAAAAUGUGACAUGUAUGCAAAAUGCGAGUUUUUGAACCCUGGUGGUUCUGUAAAGGACCGCAUAGCUUACAGAAUGGUACUGGAUGCUGAGCAAAGAGGAGUAUUGAAGCCCGGAAAGUCUGUCAUUAUUGAGCCAACCUCAGGCAACACUGGCAUUGGUCUAGCUUUGGCAGCCGCUGUUAAAGGUUACAGAUGUAUCAUAGUGCUACCUGAAAAAAUGUCAGACGAGAAAGUUAACACCCUCAAGGCUCUGGGAGCGGAGAUAGUCAGAACACCCACCGAGGCACCCUCUGAAUCCCCGGAGAGUAACAUUAGUGUGGCUCACCGAAUGGCUACAGAAAUACCUGAUGCUGUAGUACUGGAUCAGUACAACAACCCGUGCAACCCGCUGGCGCACUACGACGGCACAGCGGAGGAGAUCCUCUGGGCGCUGGACGACGCCGUGGACAUGGUGGUGAUGGGCGCCGGCACGAGCGGCACGGUGUCCGGAGUCGCCCACAAGCUCAAGGAGCGCUGCCCCGCCUGCACCGUGGUCGCCGUCGACCCCUACGGCUCCAUACUGGCGCAGCCGGAGGAGCUCAACCACAGCGACAUUGAUAUGUACGAGGUAGAAGGCAUAGGCUACGACUUCUUGCCGCGGACCCUGGACAGGACCGUCAUCGACAAAUGGAUUAAAUGCGACGACCAGAAGGCGCUCCCCAUGGCGAGGCGGCUCAUUCAGGAAGAAGGCUUGCUUUGCGGCGGCAGUAGCGGCUCAGCAAUGUGGGGCGCCCUACAGGCGGCGAAGAGCCUUAAGGAAGGCCAGAAAUGCGUAGUGCUACUCCCAGACAACAUCCGUAACUACAUGACCAAGCACAUCUCCGACCCCUGGAUGGAGGCGCGACAGUUCAAGCCCGUCCCUACCAACGAUAAGCUAUGGUGGUGGGAUUCGACAGUGGACCCCUCUUUAGCUACGCCAGUACCCAGCGUGCCGCUGAGCAGCGCGCCGGCCGCAGCACUCUCCGCGCUCACUGCCUCCGUGCCUCUCGUCACCGUUGUUAGAGAUGACGGAUCGGUGGUGGGCGUGUUCACCGCGGACGACGCGCGGCGGCGUCUCGCCAACCUGUCGGGCUGCACGUCGGAGGGCCUCGACAAGUUCCUGGUGAAGAAGUAUUACAAAGUAGACCUUGCGAAGAACCCCACCUUGGGCCUAGUGUCGCGCAUGCUGGACAUCGCGCCAUAUGUUGUGCUUGUUAAAACAGACGCGUCAUCACACAUCCAGCAGACGGUCGGUGUCAUCACAUCUAGCAACCUGCUCGCACACAUCACAGAUAAGGCGAAAAUGAAAAACGGCCUCAACUAACACUAGGACCCUGAAUAAAUACUACUUUAGCUUUAUAAUGAGUUAAUGAAUAUAGAUUUUUUAAACUUGAUACGUUUCUUUUUAUAUGGACUUUUAGAUCAGAGAAAAAUAUACAUUCUUGACAUUA